CAUGCAAUGUGGCAUUUUCUUUUUGUUAAAUUGUGAUUUCGCCUAAACUUUUUAUUGAAGUUGCAGAAAGAUGCUACAGUUGCUGAUAUUUGCUGCCGUUCUCCAAUUGGCGUCAACGAGCCAUAAGUACGAUCAGAUAGCAUCAUGUCAUCUCCGAUUACAUAACCAUGGAAAGAAGAUUGGUAAAGUAGCAUUUUAUAGCACUCCUGGGAAAGGCCAAGAGGUUAAAGUUGCCGUUUCGUACCCGAAAGUAUCUGACGGAAAACAUGGCUUUCAUGUCCACGCUGCUCCUGUUACAGAAAAUAAUUGCCUGACGACUGGAGGCCACUUCAACCCUGACGGAGUAGAUCACGGAGCAGCGGGUGGUCCAGCAUCUUCUCAUCAUGUUGGAGAUUUUGGAAAUGUGGAUGCAGAGGACGGAUUUGUUUUGACGACUCUCAACUUCAUAGUGGGUCAGGGAACCGGAACGAAUGGAGACAAAUUUUACGUGGAAGAAGAUAGGUUUGCUCUGGAAGGAGAAAAUUCUUUAAGAGGACGAGCAGUAGUCCUUCACGCGGGUACAGACGACUUGGGUCUUGGUGGAGACAACGGGAGCCGUAAGACUGGCAAUGCUGGAUCACGUUUAGCUUGUUGUACUUUGGAAUGAACAGAGGAGAACACGUGACCAUAAGAGACAAUUGAAAUCAUCAUGGAAAACUGCUUAGUGUUGACCAUACGGCGCUGAGGAUCGCAAAAAUCGUAAUAUUCCGAUUGAUGCUCAGCUAAAUGGACAGUUGCAGUUUAAUGAAUGAACAGACGAAGGGAAAUAUUGAUAAGUUGCAUGUACAUAAUUGAUUGAAUGAUUAUUUUAUGUUAGGGAAAUUUACAUUUUUCACAAAGAACCCUUGCUUUAGAAGGUUAGAAACAUAGACAUCUAUAUUUAGACUAUUGAUAAAAUAUACGCUGUACUAUUAGGAGACAAUUGCUCGGUAUUAUAAUGACGUGUUUCCAGGCAGUAAAUUGUUGUAAUGUUUAAAUUUCUGUUUUACCCCGCCAUCUAGUCAUUGAUUUCA